UGCUUUGCUGUAAAAGGCCAAUGGUGGGAGAGGAAUAAUAAAUGAACUAGUAUGUAAUGCAAAGAGACAGCCCUGACCAUCCUGGUUCACGAGUCAAAUGUCACUAGUGCAGAGUCAGAGCCCCAGAUGGAAACCUCAUGACUUGUCCAAUGAGCUGUGCAAAGGGUUUGGCUGCCAAAACUGCUCCCAUAUGUCCUCUGAGCCCACGGCCUCAGGUUCGGUUAAGGACCACAGUGCCAGCGCCUGGAAAGGCAGCCCUGCUGAGCCCUGUGCAACUUGAGGGGGCAGCGUCUGGCUGUACAACCUCCUCUGGUUUAUUAGAAACGGGUUAGGAGAUCAUGGCUGACACUGACGGAGAGAAAUUAGGAGAUUUCCUGCCUGCGCGAGGCUCAUAAGGCCCUGCUGCAUUGGGGUUGCAUGUGUCAGCAGCUCCGCAGUGCGUUUUGUGCUGGUUCCUGCUUGGGAUCUUUGUGGUUUGUAUCAGUCUCCCUGUGUCAUUUCUCAUGCCAUGGCCUAGCUUUAAAGAUUUUUGGAGGCUCUGCAUCUUGCUGACAGAGAUUAGUUUUGCUGGGAAGGCAGGUUUUGACUCUCUGGAGCACGUGCAUGCUUACCAACAGUUUGGUAGAACUACUGAUAAGGAGUUUCUUUUUCAACAGUAUAAAAACAGUAGUAUCCUUGAAUGGAGAUUUCAGCAUGGGCCAGCAGGAUGGAGGUUAGGAAGGAAUAAAUCUUGCAACCUCUGUCCAGCUGUGUCCUCUGGCAAAGACAGCUCAGGCUUGUUUAAGCUCGCCUUGUUAGCCAAAUUAGACAGCGCUUUCCAAAACCCAAAGCCAAGGGGCACUGUCUGUUAGAGUAUAAGAUGCUUUAAGUGGCUGUGGAGGUAACUGAUGCUGCAGACAUGCCUAGAGAAAUCUGAUACACCUUCUUUUUGAUCUAAACUCUUGGGGUGAAAUCUCAGUCUCCUGGAAAUCAAUUUGCUUUUUACAGUCCUUGGUUCCAGAGCGCAUCUUGGCUGCAUCCUGACUGUGUGGGGGAGAAAUUAGGCUGUGCACCUCAGGUGCCCACCUCUCCUUUCCAUACUAGCAUGUGGGCAGCAAGGGAGCCAUGGGGCACUGCAGUGUAAUCUUUAGCAAAGGACAGUCAGGAGACCAGGACCUCAGGCAAAAGGCCUGCAAUAGGAUGCGUGAACAUGUCAGGGCCAGGACUGCUGGGUGCUCCUUGGAGCUCCCCCAGCAUGUUUGUACCUUCAAACUCCACCAGCUCGGCCAUGCAGUCAGAGGCACGAGGACCGAAGCUCUGUGCUUCAGAGUCUCUCUGGACUAGAAAUGAACAGACUCUGGUGGAAAAUGAACGGAAAGCUUUGUGAGCUGCCGAGUCUUUGGGACACCAUGUCCCAUCGUGCUGUGCUUUACAGAAUAACGGUAAGCUCCUUAAAGGUUACACUUGUUUUAACGAUAUUACCACCCCCUCUAGGAACUAAGGGUAAAUCUCUGUAAUCCUAUCAUGCUUAUGCUUAGUGUUUGCUAUGCUCACCUGGCAUUGGUCUGUUUUCACUAUGGUCUCAACUCACCUGUGUGAUUUUGUAGGGUGCUGAAGAUGGCAGGCAGUUCCGCUCCUUGGAUUGGCAGUGCUUAUCUCUUCCUCCAGUCGACGUGCAAGACUAUUGCUCUGCCUUCUCUUUAUGAAAGCUCCCAGAAGAAACCUAGCAUCUUCAAGGCUCUCAAGCUGGCAUUAGCAGACUCCACCGGCAGCCUGAAUGGUGUGGACAUGCUCAAAGUGCACUGCAGCCACCCGCACCUGAUAAUCCAGCUCAAGUUCUGCAAGCAGGAGAACUGCCGCCGCUUCCUGCAGAGUUACCGGGAGGGAGCGCUCCAGGAGUCUCUCCAGAAUCACCUCCAGCUCUCCUUGGCCAUGAGCACAGUGCCUCUUGAAAUGGAGCUGAAGGCUGGCAGCGAGCACCUCGACAACAUGCUGAAGGAUGAGGACCGCUGCCUAGAGUGCAUCUACAAAGAAAAGCCUGACCGCCUGAGGGAUGAGGAAAUCACAGAGCUGGAGGAGUGUCUCAAGAGCCUGGUUCUUCACCAGAACUUCAGCAACAAUAUGACUGCAAAAGAUUGCAUGUCUCCGAACUCCCUGCGUCUACCUUAUCCAUCUCAAGGCAGCUCCCUUUCCCCAGAAGUCACCUUUGUCUUUCAGGAACAACAAUUUGCCAACAGAAUGCUCACGUCAGACGACCAUCAAAAAUUUGCCAAGCUCGUGUCGAAGAAAUGGAAGCAAGUGGGUCGCUCCUUGCAGAAGAACUGCCGUGCCCUGCGUGAUCCUGUUAUUGAUAACCUGGCCCUCGAAUAUGACCGAGAGGGACUAUAUGAGCAAGCCUAUCAGCUGCUUCUCAGAUUUAUCCAGUCGGAGGGGAAGAAGGCCACAAUAGCGCGGCUGAUUGCAGCCCUGGAAGAAAAUGGUCUCACCAGUUUGGCUGAGGAGCUCUUGGGCCUCCAUUCCAACGAGGACUCCUUCUAGAGCCCAAGGGGUAGUGGCAUUUGCUAAGGGCUUUCUUCCUUUGCAUGAGACUGCUGCUAGUGUCCUGGGCAUGUAAAGCCCUGAAAAUCACUGCGGGUUUCUGCGUAGCUGGGAAUGCCCAGGGGAAAGGUUCAGUGCUUGCAAAAGCCAGCAUGGAGUAUUGAACUACUGCUCUGAUGUUCUUUAUUUCAUUCUGUUUCCAGAAGUCAACAUUACCUUCCCACGAACUGGUGAGAAAGGCUUUCAAACUGAAUUCCUUCAGGACUGAAACGUCGCAGUGAAGCAGCCAGACAGUUAAAGAGCCCUAGAGUGGCGUGGGAGAAAGGAGGAACUCAAGGAAGGCAUCUCAGAGACUUUCUGUGGGGAGCAGACAACACCAGGUUUCUCAGGCUGUGGCGUAGGGCCAUCCCUGGGGCCACCUGGGGAGCUGGAAUAUGUUUUUGUAGUGAAUAGUGAAGACAUUAUGCUCUCAGGCAUGCCAUCAAGCAAAGAAACAGGGGAAAUUAAGGAAAGGUCAAAUUUAUCUUAUUAGACUGCAAAAGACGACCACUGUGACAACUUAAAUAAUCUUUGGCCUCUUUUCUCCACCCCCAAAGUAGUUAGGUAUCCAAUGUUUUUUUAUUUUGUUUUUUUUAGAAAAGCUACAUCAUCUUUCUCUUGACAAGGAUAAGAAGCACUGGCCUACACCAUGAGCUGGAAGAUCCUGACAGGGGGGACGUACGUACACAGCCAACAUUUUCCUUCUUCCUUCUUCAAACAGGGAACAUCUCAUGGGAAGUGCCCUGCCACACCCCACUAUAGCUCCUUCCCACCUCUCACCACCUGAAGGUUUCCCUUUUCCCUGGGACAGUAAUAACCUUCCACAGGGCACAAGAUUCCUACUGUGGAAUGAUCUUUGGGCUGUGAACAAGCAAUAAUGGACAAGCAUACAAAUUCAGAGACUGGUUCUCAACUUUUUCUGGACCCUGGGCAGUAACAUAGUAACUACAUCACACUUAGCUCUUCCCACCAACCAGACUGAGCCUGAAUCUGUGCAAAGGAAAACACAGUGCUGGAAGAAAAAAAAUGCAGUCUUGUAGUCAGCACAUUACCUCCCUGGAACUGCUGCUUUAAGAUGUAUUGCAGCAUCAAAAACCAUCCUGACCCCAAUCCACAGAGUUGAGCAAUCACCUCUGGCCAGCUGGCUGCUAGUGCCUAUGCUCACUUCUUAAAAACUACCCUUGGCCUGCUGAGUUCAACAGAGCACAUAAUUUACGCGACGGCGUAUCACAAGCGUCAGGACUUGCACAGCGCCUUUCCCUGGCAAUGCUGUCACUGUGUGACAAGUGGCAUCAGCUGCUGUGCCUGGAUUUACCUGCCCUGAUUUUGAGGGUGAAAAUUGCUUAAAGGGACCCAAACCCCGGGGCUAACCUGUGCUUGCAGUUCCAUCGAAAGAAGCCUGUCUCCAGGGAUGGUUGAUAGAGACUGCGACAGAGCAGAGCUUUUAUCUUUGCCUGUAACAAAGCACAGAGCAACAAGUGUCUAGCAUGUCACGGGUCCCCGUAAAGCACAACAAACAGCUUGGUUACCUUUGAUGUAUUUCUUAUGGUUUCCUAUGUUUUUACUUACCCUCUUCUAUUAAUUCCAUCCCUCUUUGACCUUCUCAUCCAUGAUAAUAGCAAAUUGGCCCUGGAAUUUAUUUCAGGUGUAGAGGGUGGCCCUGUCAGCACUCGUAAGCAUGCGUGUGCUUGCAAGUUUUGGCCCACUGGCUGUACCUCAUAGUAAUGUCAGCUUUCAGAUGGACAAGCCUGAUGGCCUUUUAAACCACAGCUCACCUCUUAGUGCAUCACCGGAGACAAAGCUGUGAUUUGGUAAGGCGGAACGCAACCUUGGAUUCAGAUGUGGGCUCCGAUCAGAGCUAGCAGGGCUGGCGUUACUCCCUCAGCUUCUUCUAAAACGCAUACUGUGAUCAUCAGUAGCUAAUCCAAGAUGCAGAUCAACAGGAUGUAGAUGGCUAACUUUUACCAAAUCUGAGCCCACAUGCCUCAGAUGAGCUGAGCCUCACAUUCCUCAGUGUGAGCCUGAGGAAUCUGGCAUUUGACUGCAGACCUUGGGGAUUAUGUACACAGUGUGAUAGUAAAUGGAAAGGAUCAAAGACGGAGAGAAUGUGUUCAGGGUGCAAAUCUGGUCCCAUCUUGCCCUUAUCGUCAAAGGAAGCAGAACUUCAACUAUACAAAGGGUAUGGCGCUAUGGCAUUUUAUUAAGCCUUCCUCAGUCAGUGGUAUAGCGGUCUCAUCUCCCCCAGUUCUGGUCCAUGUCCUAUCUUCUCCCUUACAGUAGUACCAGUGCUGUCCCCAAAAGGAAGCAAGUCUGCCAGUUUUGCUUUUGGGACCGACGUGGCAACGCUGAUCAUAGUUAGUUUAGCCUGCCAUGGAACCGUACCUCGAAGCAUUUAGCUUUUACGCCAGAUCAUGGCUGGAGACCUCUGUUUGUCAGGAAGGCAUCUGGCAAAUGCUAUUAAAAAAAAAAAAAAGUAAUUUUCAAGUUUCUGAUUAAGGGCAAGAGAGUUUACUCUUGAUUUUGCAAAAGUGAUUUUUAGAGUGCAGGAUCAUAUGCAUAGCCUAUUGUCUCAUUUAUAAAGACUAUUUCUAAGUUCUCAUACUCUAGCUAUUCAUGUGCACAACGUUCAUAUACCAUUAUAAGGCAGCCACUCAGUGGUGAAAACUGCUAGCUUUUAUAUCAUCUGUUAGCGCUCACAACGAGAAAGGCUUAUUAUUCAGCAUCUACUUAAGUCUGAGAAACUUUUUCACUGCCAUUACUGUUUUAAAGAGGACUAAGCAUGAAUGAUUUUUUUUUUUUUGUAAUGCAAACCUUGUGCAUUUUAUUCCUCUGCAAGCAACUGGCACGUGCGUUUCCUCUGACUCAUAGAUUCCCUCUCAAAAGCGCCAUUAAGCACUGGAGCUCCUGGCAACCUUUGUGGAAUAUCAUCAUCUUUAACAGCAUUCACAGGUGCCUUCAUUGCACAGAGACGAAAGAAAAGGGUUUUCCAGUGAUAUUCCGUAGUGGAAUUGUCUUGAGCGCAUAGCAUGGUUUAGGACAAUAGCAGUGGCUGUUUCAUACCUUCUUUUCAGUGAUCAGUUGUCAUCCAUGGCCAUAUCUUAGAUGCAGCGAAAACUCGAUUCGAUUUCCAGUGGGCUCCUUCCUGCCAAAAGAGUUGGGUUUCACAGAAGCCCUAGGAUAAAUUCAGAUAUAGAGGGGUGAGUACACAGUGUCAUUUGCAUUGAUUUGGCAUUUGGUUAGGUCUUGACUCUGAAUUUAUUUCUGUUGUAUCCGGAGGAUUUUACAGCAGUUUUACUCCAGCGUGCAAAGACAAGGUAACCUACAGCCCAGUGGGCAGAAGGAAACAGUCAGAAAGGAAAAACCAUUUGCAGAGAUUUGUUGAAGAAAUUAGCGGGACAUCUUUACCUCUGACGUUAAUGCAAUGAAUGGAACUGGAAAAAGAGUUAACUGUUCGGGGAGCCUUUACUGAUACACCAGAACCUCAGCACUAGGCAUGAGCCCCGAGUGCUGCAGUAGGCGCGCUAGGGCAACUACCCAGGGUCAUGCUGCUUGCUGUUGACAAGAGGAGAGUACUUGGGCAGCCCGCGUUUCCUGUCUUGCUCUCCUCGUUUCCCGCGGACUGUUAGUUGCACACAGAUUGCACCACUCAAACGCCAGAGACGUGCAAAUGCCACUCCCUUGCUAUUUACACUGAUUAGCUCAUGUCUAGUGUGUGAGAUAAUAGGCCAAAAUUAACACUCCUGGUGAAUUCGGCCUUAUCCCUUAACAGCUCUUCUUGUAUUAAGAUCUACCUGAGGGAUUUGGGGGUGGGGGGGUCAGAGUCAACCAUGCUACAAAAUAGCACGCAAUACUAAAAGCAAAUAAAGGCAUUAAUCAGUUGUGUAUGAAAAAUGAAAUAGACAAAAUAUGGCCCAAAGAGCAGAAACCAGGCCAAAAUGAAUUUGCAGGAAGGGAUCCAAGAGGGCUUUUUCUUGUGGUACAGAUUGUUUUUGUAGUUUUAGCAGCGUUUCAAAUUUGAAAUGGGCUCCUUUCAGUCUGCCAGAAGGAAUAAACGCUCUGUCCGAUCAAGAAUUGGAAUGGCUUUCUUGGGCUUAGCCAAGCUACAGUGUUCAAGUGGAUAAUGGCAAAGAGCAGAAGGAAAGUUAAAAUUGCCGCCAUAAAUACUUUGACCGAAAGCAUCCGCUAGAAGUAAACCUGAGCGAACAUCCUGAUUUAAAAUUGUCACAAAGGAAAAUAUCAUACUGCCCCGGAGAACAGAGUCAGGAAAAGCCUGGCAUUAGCCCUCUUAAACGCUUGUUAAAAAUACACUGGUUUACCUUGUUGAAGAGGAGCACGCACCAUCGCAGCAGGUUAAUGAAGACCAUUGAGAGGGGAGGUGCCCCAUUCAAGCAGCUUCAGUUCUCACACGCCACAGCUACCUAGGGUGGACAAGUGCGUCAUCCCAAAGCUCUGCUUGACUUAAAAAUAAGGAAAGGGUUUCAGCAUUACUGAUCUGAAGCGCUUAAAAAUCAAGCCCGAGCUUAAAGAAAUCAUAAAAUUUGCAUACAGGUUUUCAUAGCAAGUCAAAUUAGAAAAAAAGGUCAAGUGACAACUUGCAGCAGCACUUCCCAGCUUUACGUUUUCAAUUUCAUGCCUACCUUUGAAGAGACACAUAUCUAGACUUUUUUUAACACAAGCUGGGAUGCUAAUGCUAUAGCAUUUCAGGUUUCAAACCUUUAUGAGAAAUGUGAGCCCCCGAGUAUAACAGUUUGCUGGAGUUUCCUAGCUAGAAAGUCUCAGGCUCUACACCAGAUGAGGGUCUGGCCAGUUGUCUUUUGUGCUGAGAUGGGCCCAGACUUUGGGGUAAUUUACAGUUUUUCCUCUUCUGGAUUGAACUGGGCGAAAGGAUUUGGCCAUACAUCUCAUAUUUAAAUCAGCAGGAGACAUGUGGUUAAGUCCCUUCGCCAUCAGUGGAAAAAUCCCUUGCUGACCUUCUACUUCCAAAUUUCUGAGAUAUUCAGCAUCAGGUCUGGAUUGGCCAUCUACAGCUAUGGACUACAACAUCAUGUGUACUCAGGUCUAGGAUAUUCAACCUCCAAGGAAUUAUCUUUUAUAUAAGAAAGCACUUUGUUCUAUUUUUGUCCAAACUUUUUAUAAAUAAGCAUAUAAUUUUGAUGAAGAGUGCCUCAGACUUUCUUUUUUAAACACUAAUGCAGUAGUAAGCAGAGAGGGGUUCACUGAAGCUCUCACCGUGACAGACGUCACCAGCUCGUUCAGAAGGCUCGUCUGAAGUGUCUGGAUGCCCAGCAGGAUCCUGUCCAAAGUCACAUGUGUUUCUACUGACACUCCAAGGUUGGUGCCCCUCCUGCAGUUUAAUAGCUUUGAUUACAAGUUGAAACCAAGCUAAGCCACCCAGUUUUUCAGGUUUGUUACUGCUUUGAUGAACCUUUUCAGCCAGCAUGGCCAGAGGCAGAGGUUUGUCCCAAAACUAACACCUGACAGAGGUGCCCUCCUUUCUUUCAGUGUCAUUAGAUACCUCUAACUCCUCCUGGUCCACACCGUCAUUGCAAUACUCAAGUGCUUCCUACUGUUAAUGAGCUUUCUCACAACCUGCAGAGGCUAGGGAAGGUUAUUUGCCUUUUAGGUUGGGAAGUGAUGAGCCAGAGCACUAAAUCUUGUUCAGCAAGUUCGCACAGGAAGUCACAGACUGACCAGAGGGAAAUUUCUUUUGCCAUAAACUUCAGCAGAGCAGUGUUUCGCCCUAAAUCACUGAAAUCUCAGUGCAUACUUUAAAACCUAAGCUCAACUGUCCUUUAUUCGCUGCAAAGCUAUAUUUCUAAGCACAUGGCUUGAUGCCUUCAAGAGUAGCACGGCAGGGAGCAGGGCUCUCUGCGUACCAGUGGCAGGAGCGACAUCUGGCACGUGGCUCACUUAACUAACUGUCGUGCCAACAAACCACCCCAUGGCCCAAGGGGCAGUGUCCCAAUCUUGCAAGACAGCGUGACAGGCAACGGGACAGACCAAGGGCAGAGAUACUAAUGAAUCAUCCACGGAAACACAAAAGCAGCACGCGCUCUGGCAAGACCUUUGAUGCCAAGCAACGUGCCUGUAACUGCCUGCUGAGAGAUGGAGCCGUGUGGCCUCUCCUUUUCCGCCCAGAUUUGCUCUGCAGGCUGCCGCGGCUCUCUGUCCGGCAGGGCGCUCUGGAGGAGGUCUCUGAGGCUCUGCUGCGGUCAAAAAAUCACCUCAGGCCCCACUGAGCUGGAAGCUCAAAGGUCAAACAACAGCAAGUUUAGCAGCCGAACCCAUCAGACCCAGUUGCUGGCCAGGUCCUCCUGGCUUGCGCUUGGACUCUCUAGUGGCUAAUAUGGCACAAACGCUGCCUGAAACUCCUGCCACAGUUGGGACAUUCAUGAAGUCUGUCCGUCUCUCUUGUAUGUAACUUCUGUUUUAUAGAAAACAGACCUUUUGUUUGUUCUCGCAGAAUUUCCAGUCAUCUGUGAAUCUCCUACCUCUGUC